CACUGGAAACUGCAAGAGCGUUCACAGCAGGAAUACCGGGACAAAAAGAAGUCAUAUUUUGCUGGUUUUGAGUAAUUUUACACCAAUCACUGCCAAGAUGUUCGCAGAUACAAUACUUAUCGUUUUUAUAUCUGUUUGUACGGCUCUUCUAUCUGAAGGAAUAACCUAUGCACUAGUUUACAGAACAGAGACGUACAAGAAACUGAAGGCUGAGGUGGAAAAACAGAGCAAGAAAUUGGAAAAAACAAAAGAACAGUUUGGCGAGAUCAGUGACAAAGGACAAAAGAAAAAACUAGAGCGCCAGGAAGAGAAGCUGAAAAAUGACAGUCGGGAUUUAUCGAUGGUGAAGAUGAAAUCGAUGGUGGUUAUUGCUUUUACAUUCACUUCACUGAUGGGAAUGUUUAACUCAAUAUUUGAUGGAAGGAAUGUCGCCAAGCUUCCAUUUGAACCCAUCUCUUGGCUACACGGUAUUUCACAUCGGAAUCUUCUGGGCAGCGACUUCACCGAUUGUUCAUUCAUCUUUCUAUACAUUCUAUGUACUAUGUCUAUUAGACAGAAUAUUCAGAAAUUGUUGGGUUUCGCUCCCUCAAGAGCGGCAGCUAAACAAUCUGGGGGAUUCUUUGGACAACAGAUGCAAGCCUCAAAGUAAAGAAGAGAGCCUGGCCAAUCAAUAACUUAGUCUAACUUUCUGUUUUUCUUUCUUGUUUAUCCCAUUAUAGUUUUGUUCGUUUUACACUUAAAUGUUUUGUCAGAAUCAAAAUCAGGCCUGUGGCUGUACAUGUUAAUACAAUCUCUGGCAUCUUGGGUCGAUUUCACUAAAAUAGUCUUAAAGGCACUUGACACUAUUGGUAAUUACUCAAAAUAAUUAUGAGCA